GAGAGGCUUCGCGCGAUGUCCGGAGACAGCAGCGGCCGCCGGCCCGAGGGCCGGGGCCGAGGCCGCGAUCCGCACCGGGAUCGCACCCGCUCCCGCUCCCGCUCGCGGUCCCCGCUGUCGCCCGGGUCCCGCCGCGGCUCCGCGCCCGAGCGCAGGGAGGCCCCGGAGCGCCCGGGCUUGGAGGAUACCGAGCCGUCGGAUUCCGGGGACGAGAUGAUAGACCCGGCGAGCUUGGAGGAGGAGACCGACCCCAGCCUCUGCCGCCAGAUCCGCCAUCAGUACCGGGCGCUCAUCAACUCGGUCCAACAAAACCGGGAGGAUAUAUUGAAUGCCAGCGACAAGUUAACAGAGGUCCUUGAAGAGGCCAACAAUCUCUUUAAUGGAGUGUCCCGAGCAAGAGAAGCAGUCCUAGAUGCCCACUUUCUUGUUCUGGCUUCAGAUUUGGGCAAAGAAAAGGCAAAGCAGCUGCGUUCUGAUCUGAACUCGUUUGAUAUGUUAAGAUAUGUAGAAACUCUACUGACUCAUAUGGGUGUAAAUCCGCUAGAAGCUGAAGAACUCAUCCGUGAUGAAGAUAGUUCUGAUUUUGAAUUCAUAGUCUAUGACUCCUGGAAAAUAUCAGGCAAAACAGCAGAAAACACCUUUAAUAAAACCCAUACAUUCCACUUUCUGUUGGGUUCAAUACAAGGAGAGUGCCCUGUGCCAAAGCCACGAAUUGAACGUCCAAGAAAAGCUCGUAUGAUAGAAGAGCAGCAGGCAAUGCCUGCCCAGUUAAAAAGAAUGGAAGAGUCUCAUCAAGAAGCAACAGAAAAAGAAGUAGAAAGAAUCUUGGGAUUGUUGCAAACAUACUUUCAAGAAGAUCCUGAUACUCCCAUGUCCUUCUUUGACUUUGUGAUUGACCCACAUUCUUUCCCCCGGACAGUGGAAAACAUCUUUCAUGUUUCUUUUAUUAUAAGGGAUGGUUUUGCAAGAAUAAGACUUGAUCAAGACCGACUGCCAAUAAUAGAGCCUGUUAAUAUUAAUGAAGAAAGUGGAGGAAUUGACCAGAAUACUCAAAUUAGGAAUCAAGGAAUUAUAGCUUUGAGUUAUCGAGACUGGGAGGAAAUUGUGAGGACCUUUGAGAUCUCAGAGCCUGUAAUUUCUUCAAGUCAGAGCCGGCAGAGGCUAAGUGCUUGACACCAGCUGAAGGACUCACAUGGAUUCUCCCAUCCAAAAAGGAAAGCAGCAUGUAUUGUACAUAUUGUAUGAUCAAACAUUUUUAAAGACAGAUUGUUUUUAAUAAAAUGUAGCUUUUGAUAGUUAA